UCAACCAUAACACACGCCGAUGUAGCUUUCUCAUUUCACUGUUUCCAUGUGCAUAUUAAAUCAAUAUGGUGGGGCAAUGCAACACAUUGGUUAGCUAGAUAUCUAGGUUUUAUUUUGUUGUAAGUCUCAGCUAGGCUCGUCAAUUGUUGCCCUUAACUUGUGCUGUCUGAGGCAGAAAAGACAUGCCUGCCUGCCACAAAACUAGAAAAUCAGGGAAGGAUACUGCUGUGCAGGGAACCAAUGACAGCAGUGUGGUUAGCAAGGUGUCUGCAUCAGUCUAUGGUUACUUCCGAGAUGACUUCCAGCGGCGGUUUGUAUGCAAGGUGUCACGUCGAGCACCUCUCAUUAACAGGGGUUAUUAUGUGAGAUGGAGGGCUGUGGAUCAUUGUGUCAAGCAGUUUCUCCAGGCCACAUCAAACUGCAGUAGAAGACAGAUGCUGUCACUGGGUGCAGGAUUUGACUCUUUGUACUUCAGACUGCAUGCCGAAGGGGUCAUGGAGAGAGUGACUGUGUUUGAAGUGGACUUUCCUGGUGUAGCCCAGAGAAAAGCAGCCUUGAUAAGAGCUGAUCCUCACUUGAAAGACUGGAAACCUCUCCUGUCCCACGACUCAGGACCAUUGUAUGUAUCUAACGAUCAGUACCGCCUUUUGGGCCUGGACAUCCGUCAGGAGAAGGAGGUGGAGGUAGCUCUGUGUGGAGCAGGGUUUCAGUGGGGUUGCCCAACACUGCUGCUGUCUGAAGUGGUGCUCACCUACAUGGAGACGGACGAAUCAGACGGUGUGAUUGGCUGGGCAGCGAGGCUCCUCCCAGAGUCGAUGUUUGUGAUGUACGAGCAGAUCCGCCCUCUAGACCCCUUUGGGAGAGUGAUGCAGGCUCACUUCCUGAAGCUCAACUCUGCCCUACAUGCAUUACAGAGCUAUCCGUGCGUGGCAGCUCAGAGACAGAGGUUCUUAAGCAAGGGCUGGGAGGAGUGUGUGUGCGUAGACAUGAACCAGUUCUACCUGGGGCUCGUACCCCAGCAGGAGAGGGACAGAGUGGAGGGACUGGAGCCAUUUGAUGAGUAUGAGGAGUGGCACCAGAAGUGUUCUCACUAUUUCAUCCUCACUGCUUCCAAAGGCUCUUUGACCAGCCAGGCUCUCCUCAUCCCGCCCACAGUGUCCCCAGUUCCUGAUCUAAGUCCUCGGCUGGAGCCUGAGCCCCUGAGAGCGAGUCGCCUAUCGGGUGACCCGUGCGUGGAGGGUCUGGGGAUGGCCUCGGCCCUGCUGGAGCCUCGCCUCCUCAUGCUGACCGGAGGGUACGGGAGAAGUGGCAGAGAAACAGCCGUCAGGGUCCUUAUCAGAGGCCAGGUCAGCUGGAGCUGGGCCUGUGUGGAGACCUCUGUGGACUGGGAUGCCCGGCUGUACCACAGCAUGACUGCAGUGUCAGGACGGGAAUCGCUGGUGUUUGGUGGGAGGUCGUCCCCGCUGAAGCCUUUUGGGGAUGUUCUCAGCGUGACCUAUGACCUCAGGGAACACACAGAAUCCAGUGCAUCAUCUUUAUCAAUGAAUGUGUCAUUAGAGGAAAUGGAAUGCAGUGGCUGUCACCCACAAGCAAGAUGGCGGCAUACUGCUACUUUGCUAAAAUAUAAUGACCAAAAAUUAUUAUGUGUAUUUGGAGGACGCUCAGUGGUGGAGCCAGUCAUGGGUGAUGUCCACUUUCUUGAUUUGGAGACCAAGCACUGGACAGAGAUUCCAGUGGAGGGCAUCUACCCUGAAGCUCGGCAUUCGCACGCCGCGUGUGCCUAUCAGGAAGGUGCGGUCAUAUUCGGUGGUCUGGGAGGAAGAGGAAUUCCUUUAGGAGACACCAUUUUACUAAAACCCACCUCUAAAGGUUUCUGCUGGGAGACAUUAGAGGUGCAUCCUCCUGUUGUACCCAGGUAUUCCCACUGUGCCCAUGUGAUUGGUGAGAGGCUCGUUGUUGUGGGUGGGGUUUGGCUCCAUACGGAGGGUGUACCUGGAGUGGCAGUGAUCCACCUGGGCACAGGUGCCAGUGUGGAGUACCAUCUGGACACAUCUACCAUUCCUUGGCCCCUGAUGCUGCAUUCCUUCUGCUCUGAGCUGCUUGACCAGGACAGGUCAAAGGUCACACUAAUUGGCGGAGGAGGGAACUGCUUUUCGUUUGGGACCCACUUGAAUAGCCAUCCUGUGACUGUGGACCUGAGUCCAGCAGUCUUAGAAUGUACCACUUCACUUGCUGCAGAAGAACUAAGGGAGAGCAUGGCAACUUAGAACUCAGCAUUACAGUCGGAGACUGCAACAGAGAAGUACAUCUUAUUUAAAACCAGGAAGCCAAACAAACAGACAGACUUUAGUUUGGUGUGUCAAUUUGAGUUUUAUUCCAAAUGAACUAGGUCACAAGCUAAGGUACAGCACCGUUGGGCACACAGAUAUGUGGGGCACUUGGAGCACUGGUCAUAGUUUGGAGGGAAGUGUUGAGGAAAGGGCUUGUGGUCACUCGGUGAGACGGCGGAAGGACUGCACGGUGGCACAGACGGCGCCCCAAUUAGCUGGCUUGCGGUAGUCACCCUUCUCCAGGAAGUACUGGCGCCCGCGGAAGUUGGGGUGCUCGUAGAAGACCCAGAAGCCCUCCACGACCUUGCAGGAGUGGACCUCGCGCAGGCGGAAUUGCUCCAGCACGGAUGGGCAGUCCUCACUGGCCUCGUAGGCCUGGCCCGCAAACUCGGGCUUGUCGUAGAACUUGAUCUUGUACUGGGCUCCGCUGGUCUGCAGGCGAGAGGAGAGAGUGCGAUGGGGGGAAGGGGGAAUGGAGAGGAGCGGAGGAGUGGAGUGGUGGUAGCAGGAAUAAAAUGGUAAUCAGAGAGGGAAGUGAGGUGGUUUUAGGUACAGUACCUAGCUGUAUUUGUUGAACAAUAACAUUGGUUUAGAUGUACAGAUGUACAGAUUCUCCAUGUGCUGCCAAUUGCUGUAUUUUGUUCCCCUUUUAAUGACAGUGAUACCAAAGACUCAGGUAUGAAACUAUGCCUUUAUAUCCUUUAUAUUUUUAUAGCAUAAAUGACAUUGAUAGCUGCCACUACUGACCUGGGGGCAAAUCAACAAGAAUAUGAACUAUUUUUACAGAAUCUUACAUCCUGAAAGAGAUUUUUAUUGGCAUUUUUUGUUCGUUUACGGUUUGUUUGGAUUUUGACAGUAUUUUCCUUGUUAUUUUUUACUGUUUUUAUGCAAUGUUUUGUAAGUUGCUUGGGACAUCUAUUCAAAGAUCUGUUGAGUUUACUUAUUUAAUUUUGUUGCACCAGCAAUGUAACAUCUUUUUUUCUCACUGAAUUGUUUAUUUAUAGCCACAUUUAUAUGUCGUUAGAGGUGGAAAUGUGAGCGGAUGAACCACCAAAUCGACACUGUGUCCUUGCGCUGGGCAGAACAGAGUGGCACUAUUGAUGUAUUGGCAGAGCCCUUGGGGUCUAUGCUGCAUUGAGCUUUGCCAGUUCAUUAGUAAUUAUUGCCCUGUACGAAUGUUCUGCUUUUUCCAGCUUGCCGCAACUACUAUUCAUUGCAAUUAAAUGAAAGCACAUCGUAAA